AUGUGUAUUCAGCCAUAUGCUUCCAAUGUCUGCUCACCCCUUCCCACAGGCAGCUUCCGUAGUGAGAAUGAGGUCAACCCCACAGACAACCUUGACUUCAGACACCACAACUAUAAGGACAUGAGACAGAUGAUGAAGGUGAUAAAUGAGGAGUGUCCUAACAUCACUAGGAUCUAUAACAUUGGGAAGAGCUCUGCAGGCCUGAAGAUGUAUGCCAUGGAGAUCUCUGACAACCCCGGGAACACCAGACAGGUGAUGUCAUCUUCCUCAACAGGUGAGCCGGAGUUCCGUUACACGGCGGGUCUCCAUGGUAACGAGGCACUGGGGCGGGAGCUGCUCCUCCUGCUGAUGCAGUUCAUGUGUAAGGAGUAUAAUGAGAACAACCCCAGAGUGCGCCGCCUGGUGGAGGGAGUGAGAAUACACCUGGUUCCCUCACUCAACCCAGACGCCUACGAACUGGCCUACGAGAUGGGCUCUGAGAUGGGGAAUUGGGGUCUGGGCCACUGGACUGAGGAGGGAUACGAUAUCUUCCAGAACUUCCCGGACCUCAACAGUGUUCUAUGGGGGGCAGAGGACAGAGGCUGGGUCCCACGCAUUGUACCUAAUCACCACAUCCCACUCCCAGAGAACUUCCUCAAUGGCUCGGUUGCCAUGGAAACCAAAGCCAUUAUUAACUGGAUGGAGCGGACCCCAUUUGUGUUGGGAGCCAAUUUACAGGGUGGAGAGAAAGUGGUGGCGUACCCGUUUGACAUGCAGCGACCUCCAAAGGCUACAGGGACUUUGGGGUCUCGGCGUGAGUUGAGACCCGGUGUGAACCAUGAGAUGAAUGAGGAAACGUGGGCCCGGAUGCAGCGUCAGAAUGGGGACGCGCUACGAGAGACGUCUGACGACACCAUGUUCCGCUGGCUGGCCAUGUCGUACGCCCACAGCCACCUGACCAUGACGGAGACCCAGCGGGGCUCCUGCCACACAGACGACAUCUCUGGGGGACAGGGCAUCAUCAACAGGGCCAGUUGGAAACCUGUGGUGGGAAGUAUGAAUGACUUCAGCUACCUGCACACUAACUGCUUUGAGCUGUCUGUCUUCCUGGGCUGUGACAAGUUUCCUCAUGAGAGUGAGCUGCCUCUGGAAUGGGAGAACAACCGGGAGGCACUACUGUCCUUCAUAGAACAGGUGCAUCGUGGGAUAAAGGGCAUAGUGAGGGACAUGGAGGGUAAACCCUUGGCCAACGCCACCAUUUCUGUGGACGGCGUCAAGCACGAUGUCAAGACUGCUGCGGCUGGUGACUACUGGCGGUUGUUGAACCCCGGGGAGUACCGUGUGACGGCUCGCGUCGACGGCCACACGCUCCAGACCCGGCUGUGCAUUGUGGGCUACGACUCAGGAGCCACCCCCUGUAGCUUCACCCUGGCCAAGUCCAACUGGGACCGAAUUAAGCAGAUUAUGGUCCUCCACGGCAAGAGGCCCAUACGGCUUGUUACCAAAGCACCCCCCCGGGUAGGAAGUGACAUCAGCGGCGGGUCAGUUGGCAGCGUAGACACAACAAAGACGGGCGCCACUGGCGGGAUAUCGGCCAACUCCCAUAAUGCAGAGCGUCUCCGGCGGUUACGGGUGAUGCGCCUGCGCAAGAUGCACCAGCAGAGACUCAGGUAUAACUUCUCCACCACCACGCCCGUUGCCACGACGACCACCACGGCGGCCCCCACAACGACGGCGGAGCUGGAGACAGAGAGCACUACUUCCUGGUAUGACUCGUGGUUCCCUGUGGAGAGUUCGUACACAGAGCCCAUACCCGCCGAGGUCUUCACAGAGAUCCAGGAGUCAGAGCCCACACAGGACUACACCUUUGAGUACAAGUUCGAAGAUUACUAAGGUGAAAUUAAUUAAAUUGCUAAAGUAACAAAUGACAGUUUUUAAAAACACAAUCAUAAACGCAUUAUUCAAAUUGUGUGAAAUUGAAAACAUAUUUAAUUCAUUGCAGAGCUGAAAGAAAAUAUAGCAUUUAAAAAAACGCUUUUUAAAAAUAAUACUUUCUCUGUGCUUUAUGUCUCAUGAUGGUCUGUAUUCUGAUAUAUUUUUGUAAUGCUCACACAUAGAUCAGAGAAUAGUCUACAUUCUCUCUCUGCAGAGCAGGGAGUUAACAGCAUGUUUUUCAUAUUAUUUACUUAUGCAAGCCUAUUCUGAGACGUAGAUAUAGGGUGCUUCAAAUGUUUCAUAAUAAAAGAGUAUAAAUAGGUUAUUUGACACACGCUGAAGUCAUGCUUUGCCUCAACGUGGAUUCUUAUGUUUGGUUAGAUAUGAUUACUAAUAUCUAUGGAAACUGCGGUGUGUUUGUAUUAUUACAUUAAAA